AUGAAAGAGGCAGGGAGACAGCACGGCACAGCUUCGCCCUGCGCGGCGUGCAAGCUCUUGAGGCGGCGCUGCGCAUGGGAUUGCGUCUUUGCCCCGCACUUCCCGGCCGACGAGCCGCAGAAGUUCGCCAAUGUGCACAGGGUGUUCGGAGCUAGCAAUGUCAGCAAGCUCUUGCAGGAGAUUGCAGUGCAGCACCGAGGAGAUGCCGUGAGCAGCCUGGUGUACGAGGCCAACGCCCGGGUUCGAGAUCCAGUGUACGGGUGCGUGGGCGUCAUCUCCUCCCUCCAUUGCCAAGUCCAGGCUCUCGAGGCGCAACUCGCCAUGGCUCGAGCCCAGAUGGUCCGCUUGCGCAUGCUCGCCCACCUCGAUCUCGGCCGGAGCCCCACGGGCACAGGGAGCACCACCACAGGCUCCUCAUCCAUGUGCCCCUCGCCCAUCUAUACCCCCGGACAGGGUGAUGCAGGACAAACACCGAUGCUUUCCUUCUCAUACGAAAGGUAG